GGGAGAGAGGGAAGGGACAGAUAACAGCCCCGGUAGACCGGAGUACAUCUGUGAAGACGGAGCGACCCCAUCACUUUUCACCAAACCAGAAAAGUGAGUCAGAUGGAGGAAGAGGUGGUACAUUUGUCAAGGUUGUCCCGGGUUGCUGUGUGUGGUGGUACCCAUGGAAACGAGCUGUCCGGGGUGUACUUGGUUAGGGAGCUGCAGAAAACAGAGAAGCCUCUUGAGGAGGAGGACGAACUUGUCUCGGUGCUGGUGGUGCUGUCAAACCCGCGGGCUGUCCAGCAGUGUCGCAGAUACACCGAGACUGACCUGAACCGCUGCUUCACCCAUGCCACCCUCAACGGCCCUGAAUCAGACAAAACCCCGUAUGAGAUCACCAGGUCUCGGGAACUGAACUCUCUGCUUGGUCCCAAAGGAAGCCCCGAGGCGGUGGACCUCAUAUGUGACCUCCACAACACCACUGCCAACAUGGGCCUGUGCCUCAUUGCUUACUCUGAUCACGACUGGAUCUGCCUGCACAUAUUCAGAUACCUGCAGAGACAGAUGCCAGAUAUACCAGUGAGGUACAUCCACUUUGAUUUCCCCCCAAAAGAAGCAUACUCACUGGAGUCUGUAGGAAAACAUGGCUUUGCAAUAGAGAUUGGCCCUCAGCCCCAUGGUGUGGUGAGGUCAAACAUCUAUACAACGAUGAAAGCUGGUGUCCAGCAUGUGAUGGACUGGGUCCGUUUCUUCAACUCAGGUACUAUCUUUGAAGGAGGGUCUGUGGAAGUGUACACCAUGGUUAAGAAUAUUGACUACCCAAGAGACUCUGAGACUCACAGCAUCACAGCAGCCAUUCAUCCUCAACUCCAGGACCAAGAUUUCUGCCUCCUCCAUCCCAACGACCCCUUGUUCCAGACUUUCUCAGGAGAAACGCUGAGGUAUAAAGGGAAAGAACCUCUGUAUCCUUUCUUCAUCAAUGAAUGUGCUUAUUACGAGAAGGGGAUCGCGCUCUCCCUUGCCAGAAGGAAGUGUGUGAAGAUGCCUCCGAUCCAGGUGAAGACGGAGCUCGAGCACCAAGAGAACGAAUGGGAAUUUGCGUCGGAAGAGGAUGAGUGACACUGUGACCUUCAUAACUCUUGCCCUGGACAAUAUAUUUGCUAGUAUGACUCCCGGUGGACAAUACAGACUGAUGUG